GCUCCAGCCCCCUGUGCCACCACCGCCGCGGCUCCCACCUCGCCAGCCUCGCACUCUCGCACCCACGCACGCUCGCACCUCUCCGUUCGCGCCGCCCGCCCGCACCGCCCAGCAUGGCCAAGGUUCCGCGCUCGUUCCGCCUGCUCGAGGAGCUCGAGAAGGGCGAGAAGGGCAUCGGCGACGGCAGCUGCUCCUACGGCCUCGACGACGGCAGCGACGUCCAGAUGUCCAACUGGAACGCCACUAUCCUGGGACCCGGCCAUACGGUGCACCAGAACCGCAUCUACUCGCUGCGCAUCACCUGCGGGCCGCAGUACCCCGACGCGCCGCCCGAGGUGCACUUCAUCACGCGCGUCAACAUGCCGUGCGUGGGCCGGGCGGGACAGGUCGAGCCGAAUCUGCUGCCGGUGCUGGGCCAAUGGCGGCGCACGAGUACGCUCGAGACUGUCCUCGUGGAGAUCAGGCGAGAGAUGGCCUCACCAGCCAACCGCAAGCUGCCGCAGCCAGCAGAGGGCUCGACGUACUAAGCAGCAAUCGAAUGACGUCGCACAGUCGCAGGCGCAGGUACGGCUGUGCACGAGGCAGGGGGCGGGGCAGCGAGAUAAUGCCAUGCUGAUAUAUCAGGAU